AGUCCUGCUGGUUAAUGGCUCUCGCUGCUCUGGAAGAGUGGAGGUUCUUCAUGGAGAGAGCUGGGUCACAGUGUGUGAUGCUGACUUUAACCAGCAGGAUGCAGAGGUUGUGUGUCGAGAGCUGGGCUGUGGUUCUCCUGUGAAGGUUCUGGGAGCAGCUGCUUUUGGUAGAGGGGAGGGUCCGGUGUGGUCAGAGGAGCUUCAGUGUAGAGGAAACGAAUCACAGAUUCACUUCUGUCCAAAAUCAUCUUCACUCAAACACAACUGCUCCCAUGAUGAUGAUGUGGGACUGGUGUGUGCAGACAGUGUGAGGUUGGUGGAUGGUGGCCAUCGCUGUGCUGGGAGAGUGGAGGUUUUUUAUAACAGAACAUGGAGAUCAGUGUGUGGUAAACACUGGGAUAUAAGAGAUGCUGCAGUGGUGUGUAGAGAGCUGGGCUGUGGGGAGGCUGUAUUUAAAAAUGUUCAGUUUGGACCAAGAUCAGCCUGGAUGGAUGAUGUGAACUGUAGUGGAUCAGAGUCUUCAGUGAAGCACUGUAGAUCAGCUGGAUGGGUGGAACAAAUUUGUAAUCGACUUGCUGGAGUCAUCUGUUCAGGGGUCAGAUUGGUGGGCAGAUCUCGCUGCUCUGGGAGAGUGGAGGUUCUUCAUGGAGAGAGCUGGGUCACAGUGUUUGAUGCUGACUUUGACCAGCAGGGUGCAGAGGUUGUGUGUCGAGAGCUGGGCUGUGGUUCUCCUGUGGAGAUUCUGGGAGCAGCUGCUUUUGGUAGAGGGGAGGGUCCGGUGUGGUCAGAGGAGCUUCAGUGUAGAGGAAACGAAUCACAGAUUCACUUCUGUCCAAAAUCAUCUUCACUCAAACACAACUGCUCCCAUGAUAAUGAUGUGGGACUGGUGUGUUCUGAAAGUGUGAGGUUGGUGGAUGGUGGCAGUCGCUGUGCUGGGAGAGUGGAGGUUCUUCAUAAAGGACAUUGGGGAACAGUGUGUGAUGAUAACUGGGAUAUGAGAGAUGCUGCAGUGGUGUGUAGAGAGCUGGGCUGUGGAGAGGCUGUAGAUGCACUUAGUGGUGCUUACUUUGGAUCAGGAUCAGGACCAAUCUGGAUGGAUAAUGUGGAGUGUAGAGAAUCAGAAUCAAUACUAAAGAACUGUAAAUCAGCAGGAUGGGGUAAACAUAACUGUAAUCAUCCUAAAGAUGCUGGAGUCAUCUGUUCAAGAGUCAGGCUGGUUGGAGGUUCUCACUGCUCAGGGAGAGUGGAGGUUCUUCAUGGAGAGAGCUGGGUCACAGUGUGUGAUGCUGACUUUGACCAGCAGGAUGCAGAGGUUGUGUGUCGAGAGCUGGGCUGUGGUUCUCCUGUGGAGGUUCUGGGAGCAGCUGCUUUUGGUAGAGGGGAGGGUCAGGUGUGGUCAGAGGAGCUUCAGUGUAGAGGAAACGAAUCUCAGAUUCACUUCUGUCCAAAAUCAUCUUCACUCAAACACAACUGCUCCCAUGAUGAUGAUGUGGGACUGGCAUGUUCUGGUGACAAGCGAAGACUUGUUGGUGGUCCUCACGCAUGCUCUGGGAGAGUAGAGAAGCUUCAUCGGAAUUCUUGGCUUCCAGUGUGUGAUGCUGACUUUAACCAGCAGGAUGCAAAGGUUGUGUGCAGCUGGGAGCUGGGCUGUGGUUCUCCUGUGGAGGUUCUGGGAGCAGCUGCUUUUGGUAGAGCAGAGGGUCAGAUGUGGUCAGAGGAGCUUCAGUGUAGAGGAAACGAAUCUCAUAUGUACCUCUGCCAGACAUCUCCUUCCUUGAAACCCAACUGCUCUCACAACAAGGAUGUGGGACUAAGAUGCUCUGGUAUGAUGAAGUAUGUUUGUAAAAGAUUUAGAUUAGUACUAAACUGUGAGCAAUUAGUUUGUAAUUACUGUAUUUUUUUUUUAUUAUUGUAUUGUAUUAUUGUUGCCUACUGUUUUUCCUCUGUAAAUUCGGGUCACACUCAGGCUCGGCUGAUGAACGGCUCAGAUUCCUGUUCUGGUCGAGUGGAGCUCCAGUACCUCAGUUCUUCUCUGGCGUCUCAUGAGGGAGGAGUGCGGUUGUCUGGAGGGAUGGAGUGUGAGGGGGAGGUGGAGGUGUUCUUCAGGCAGGACUGGAGGAGAGUUCUGCUGGACUCCUGGAGUGAGUCUGAGGCCUCUGUGGUCUGCAGACAGCUGGGCUGUGGUUCUGUACUCAACACCUCCAGCUCCUCUUCAUCCAGUCCUGAACACAGCUACAUGUGUGUGACGGGUUUCAACUGCUCUGGGAGUGAAGCUCAUCUGAGGAACUGCAGCAGCUCACAAGCAGUUAACUGCAGCUCCACAGUACAGCUCUACAUCACCUGCUCUGGUACAUCUAACACAGUCCACAGCUCCAUCAGGCUGGUUGGUUCUGGGGGAGACUGUGCAGGAAGGCUGGAGGUUUUCCACAGUGCAUCAUGGGGGACAGUGAGUGAUGAAUUGUGGGAUAUUGAGGAUGCGCAGGUGGUCUGCAGACAGCUGCAGUGUGGAGUCGCCCUCAGUGCUCCAGUACCAGUACCAGCCCGGUUUGGAUCUGGAACUGGACCCAUUUGGCUGAAUGAGGUGGAGUGUGAGGGGAACGAGGCGUCUCUGUGGAACUGCAGAUAUCAGCUGUGUGGAGAGGAUGAAUGUGGACACAAGGAUGAUGUAGGAGUCGUGUGCUCAGAGUAUAAAGAGAUCAGACUGACUGAGGGCUGUGAGGGGAAUCUGGAGGUGUACUAUAAUGGAACCUGGGGGAAUGUGUGUGUAAAUGGGAUGACUGAUGAAACGGCAAAAUUGAUCUGUCGAGAGCUGAACUGUGGAAGAACUGGCAGUGAGUCUUGGUCUAAAGCAAGAGUGGAAUCAGCUCCUAACUGGCUGGAUAAUGUAAAAUGUAGGAAACAUGACUCCACUCUGUGGCACUGUCCAUCUUCUUCCUGGGGGGAGAACAGGUGUGAUAAUCGCAAUGAGGUUGCUUGCAUUACCUGCUCAGAGAAUGGAAAUACACUAGAUUUGACAAAUUGGCUGUGUGAUUCAUCUCCUCAUGAGAGACCGUGCUCAAAGCACAUUCCUCUGAGGCUGAGGGGAGGAGUAGGAAGCUGUUCUGGAUGGCUGCAGGUGUAUCAUAAUAAAACAUGGGGGUCUGUAUGUGGUGACCUCUGGGACAUCAGGGAUGCUCAGGUGGUCUGCAGGCAGCUGGGUUGUGGGCCGGCGCUGAGUGCUAAUAGAAGAGCUGCUGAUGGUAAUGAGAUUCACCUGUGGGACUGUCCUCAUUCCCUGAAGAACCACACUGACUGCUCCCACAGUGCUGGAGUCACUUGUGGAGGCUUCCUGUAUCAUACUUUGCCUUUAAAUAAUAAAAGAGGACAGAUGGGACAUUUUGCUUUGCAAGAUUCUCAACCACAGACAAGAAGAAUCAUACUUCCACAAACUCCUCCACCAGCUGUUCCCUCCAUCUAUCCAGUGUCUCUCCUGGUUCUGGGAUAUGUGCUCUUCCUGGCCUUAGUGCUUCUGGUUGUGCUGUUUUAUCAGAACAGAGUGCUCAGGAGAGUGAUCUCUAAGAGGAGGAAGACUUCAGCUGAGCCUGCCUAUGAGGAGAUUGACACCAGGCUCAUCCCUAAAAGAAUUACUGUCUCAACUGAAACCUCCUUCUGCUGAUCUUCCUCUUUCGGGUGGGGAUGGAGACGGUGGAGUGGCAAGUGCUGCUGCUUGAGCUCCAGGACACUGAAGAUGCUGGGUCUUCGGGGACUGGGCCUGAAUUUACAGAAGAGAAAGAUCUGUAGAUUUACUUUCACAUAGUUACUGUAGUCCUGUAAUAGUUUAUCCAAAUAAGAAGAUCUACAGUUCUCCAUAGUUCAUACAUUUGUCGCAUUAACAUGCUUUUAGCUAUUUUGUAUGGGAUCCUGGGCAAACCCCUGAUUCAGCACUUCUCUCAUACCAUUUUAUACACUGCCUGUAUUUGUAAUUAAUGUACUAAACUAGAAAUGUCAAAAAAGUAACCAAAUAAAUAACUUUACUGCAGGAUACACACUAUAAUGAUGAAAUAAUAGAAUUAGUAAAACAACUAUUUUUUUUAAACAAGCAAGCCUGGAUGAAAAUGUUCAGAACAGAGAAUUAAGAAUGACAAGUAUUUAAAAUUAAGUACAGAUACAGUCCAGCAUUCAUUCUGACAGGUGACUUUAAUUUAGUUUUAGUCUUUUGUUUGUCACACUUUAGUCAUUUAGUCAACAAAACAUUUUAGCCUGGUCUAGUCAAAUAAAAAGUAUGUAUUACAUUUAUGUUUUUACUGUUUUAGAUGUGUAUUGUUUAUUGCUAAUAUUUAUUAAAACACCAGCUUUUAAGUUGUGUUUCAUUUAAAUUGAGCACAAGCUAUUUAAAACAAGGUGUAUGUAUGGACAUAUUGACAAUUUAAAGAACAACUCCCAGGUUCAGAUGAUGCAAAAAUGAAAGACAACCAAAACUGAGAUAAAAUGGCAAUACUGCUAAUUGACAUUCUUAAAACUACAUUUCAUUUUAACAGUUUCUCAACUAGAAUCUCUCCUUUACUCACAGCUAAAUUGGUGUACUCUCAUUAUAUAUAUGUAUAUGAUAUAUAUGUGUGUGUGUGUGUGUGUAUAUAAUAAAAUAGCAUUUUAAAAUCUAAGAACUUGCUGACAAAUAUGAUUCAUCUUUAUUCUGAAGUGCUCAGAAUAGCAGAGGACUGACAGCUUAGGUACCAUACUAAUGCAUACAUAACUACAUAGGUAGUUAGUUAUCUAUAUUGUAAUAAGUUGUUCACAGUCAUUACAUUGCAAAAAACUAAAUCUUAGCAAGUGAAAUUAUCUAAAUUUAAGGCAAUAAAUCUUAUUUUCUUCUCUGAUAAGACUUUUUGUCUUACUAAGCAUGGUGUAAGUGUUAGAUUAUUUUGCUUAUUUUAGGGAUAAUUAUCUUAAUCAUUCUUACUUAGAAUUUGUACCUUAUUUUAAGUAAUUUGAACUCAAAAUAAGCACAAUUAAGCAGCAAUCAAGUUAUUCUGAUUCUUGUGUCCAUAAACAGUGACUUUUUUGCUUGAUUUAGGUGUUACUUCACUCAUUUUGAGACUUUGCCAUUGCUUUUUUGUAAGAAAUCUUACUAAGAAAAUUUUGCUUACCCGAUUGGCAGAUUUGUUUUGCUUAAUACAUAUAUUUGUCUUAAUUUGCAUAUAUUUUAUGUCUAGUUUUUUUUUUUUUU